AUGUCAGCAGGGAAAGUUCUGCAACCUGUUCUGAAAAUGAAGGUGGAUGAACUCUUUUUGUGCUGGUUGAGUCGGCCUGCAACUCAGCUGAUACUAAAGGACUGCUUGAGAAGAGUCAAGAAUGAGGAGAAAACGGAGAUUGGUAAUGGAGACUCAGGAAACAGUAAAAACGAGAGGCUUGCUAAUAAAAAUUGCAAUUCCAAGCAAUGCAUAUUAGGAGAUUCCAGAUUGCCUUUGAUGUCUUUCAGUCCUCCUCAGCUUUCUACUACUCUUCCAUUGGCAACUCCAGCCAGCACAAGGAACACUUCUAAUGUCAGAGCAACACGUCGAUCCUCAGGAACCAGAGUUGUUCAGACAAAGAAGGAAGAAACUUUGCCACCAUCACUUAGUCAAAACAUUCCAACUUUCUAUUUUCCUCGAGGAUGUCCUAAAGAAAAAGUUAAUAUAGAUGCUGUGAUUGCCAAAAUUGAGAAAACUUUCUCUGAGUUUCCAAAUGAGAGGGCAACGUUAGAAGACAUGGGGAAGGUUACAAAGGCUUGUGAAUGCCCACUUUACUGGAAAGGUCCUUUGUUUUAUUGUGCUGGAGGUGAACGAACAGGCUACGUGUCAGUUCACAAAUUUGUUGCAAUGUGGCGGAAAAUACUUCAGACCUGCUAUGAUGAUGCUGCAAAGUUUGUUCAUCUUCUAAUGAACCCUGGAUGCAACUACUUGGUGCAAGAAGACUUCAUUCCUUUUUUACAAGAUGUGGUGAAUAGUCAUCCUGGCCUGUCAUUUUUAAAAGAAGCAUCUGAAUUUCAUUCUCGGUACAUUACCACAGUUAUACAGAGAAUAUUUUAUACAGUAAACAGGUCCUGGUCUGGGAAAAUAACUUGCAAUGAGCUCAGGAAAAGCAACUUUUUGCAGAAUGUGGCAUUAUUGGAAGAGGAAGCUGAUAUUAACCAGCUGACAGAGUACUUCUCAUAUGAACAUUUUUACGUUAUCUAUUGCAAAUUUUGGGAGCUGGAUACAGACCAUGACCUCUAUAUUGAUCGGAAGGAUUUAGCUCGACAUAACGAUCAUGCAAUAUCAAAUAGGAUGAUAGAGAGGAUCUUCUCAGGAGCAGUAACAAGAGGUAGGAAAGCACAAAAAGAUGGAAAAAUUAGCUAUGCUGAUUUUGUCUGGUUUUUGAUAUCUGAAGAGGACAAGAAGACACCAACUAGCAUUGAAUACUGGUUUCGCUGCAUGGAUCUCGAUGGGGAUGGUGCUUUGUCUAUGUAUGAGUUGGAGUAUUUUUAUGAAGAACAGUGCCAAAAAUUGGAUAACAUGGCCAUAGAACCUUUGCCAUUUGAAGACUGUUUGUGCCAGAUGCUGGAUCUCGUGAAGCCACAAUAUGAAGGAAAAAUUACUCUGCAUGAUUUAAAGCGAUGUAAGUUGACAAAUGUGUUUUUUGAUACCUUUUUCAACAUUGAAAAAUACCUUGACCAUGAACAGAAGGAUCAGUUUUCUACGUUACGGGACACUGAAGGUGAAGGCCAAGAGAUCUCUGACUGGGAGAAAUAUGCUGCUGAAGAGUAUGACAUCUUGGUGGCAGAAGAGGCAGCAAGUGACCAGUUGAAUGAUGGGUAUGAAGCAGAACUGAAUCCUGUAGACCAUCAGAAGGCCCAUGUCCUAAAAUAUCAAAUGGAAAAGAGACCAUUUUUUGAAAUGCCUUCCCAUCUGGCUGAUGUAGACUUGGAUGAGUAUGACUAUGAAGAGGACUUUGAGUAGUGGUCACCUAGAGUUAGCACUUGCAGAAGAGAAGGGACAGUCUGCAGCAGGUCUGCUACACACCUCUAUGUUUCAGUGGGCUUUGUUUCCAGGAAGUCAGCUUAGCUUUUUGAUAGAAGUAUUUAAUCAGUACACUACCUUGUAAGCAAAAGAAGCUAAUUUGUAUGCAAUGAUGAACCUUUUUUGUAUUUAUUCAAUAGUCUAUAGUUUGUAAAAUAGAUUAAAAUAUUUAUUUACAGAUGUUGCAUAAUUCCUUUUUGGA